AUGGCGUCUCAGAUCAUAGCCGUCGAAGAACUGCGCAAGCAAGGUCUCAUUGAGCCCGACGAUGUAUCACUUCUAUCUGUGGUUGGAGAAGAAAAAGGUGGCACCGGUAAGUUUACUGCAAAUGGCUUGAGGUUGUCCUGGGAGGCAGUUGUCUUUGCUGAGCCAACUGAUAAUCUACUAGCGAUCGGCCUGAAGGCCAUUUCGUCUUCGAUCUCGUCAGUGAGGGAAUACCCUCCCAUUCCGGAUAUCCCGACCACGGUCGAAGUGCGAUCUUUGCGAUGA